AUGAUAUGUGUUAUGUGUCAGAAGGAGGAUUUCAUAAAGUAGGCCCAUUUUUUGGUCUUUUUUCUCGUGGAUUUCGGUUCAAUUCAUCUCAGCUGUUGUAUUGGAAGUGUUCACACAUUAACAAUGUCUCUAGAGGAUCCAUUUUUUGUCGUCAAAGAGGAGGUUCAAAAAGCAGUCAAUAAAGUCAGAACAUUAUACUCUAGAUGGCAAGAACUACUAAAUGACCCACUAAAAGCUGGCGGCGAUGAAUAUAACUGGACAACAAAUGAACUUAAAAACAAUAUUCGAAGUAUAGAGUGGGAUCUCGAGGAUCUUGACGAAACUAUUGGAAUAGUUGAAGCAAAUCCUAGAAAAUUUAAUAUGGAUAUGUCUGAACUUAGUAAAAGAAAACUAUUUGUUAGGCAAACUAGAGAUGAUAUAAAUUCCAUCAAAGAACAUUUAAAUAGCCCUCAAGCUGUAACAAGAGUGGAAAAUUCAACAAGACAGGCUUUACUUGGUAAGAGAAAUGGUAAGCCGCAAGAUAAAUAUUCAAGACUUGACAGGGAAAUUGAACGGUCUAACCAAGCAUUCAUAGACGAUCAGCAGCAACAACAAUCACUUUUAAUGCAGUCACAGGAUGACCAACUAGAACUAGUGGGUCAUAGUGUCGGUGUCUUGAAAAACAUGGGAAAAAGAAUCGGAGAUGAAAUUGAAGAGCAAAAUGUCAUCCUUGAUGACUUUGGCCAUGAGUUAGAAAUGACCGACUCAAAACUAAACCAAACUGUACUUAAAAUAGAAAAGGUUCUUAGACUCUCAGAUGAUAAACGUCAGUGUUAUGUUCUCAUUGCGUUAAUUGUUAUCAUGGUUAUAUUAAUUCUAUUAUUUAUAUAUGCUUAAAGUAUAUUAUCACUCUGUACCUCGGCAUGUAAAUGCAAUAUAGAAAUCAUAGAUUCUUUAGAAUCACAUCAAGUUAUAUGUAAGUCAUCAAGAAACAAAUGUUUUGGUUCAGUCCACAAAAUGAAAUUUCACUUCUCAUUUUGUAAGGACAUAUUUUACCAUGAAAUCAGAGAGUUUGUUUUUCCAUUCUACUAAGAUGGAGUAUCUCUGGCUGCAURGUAAUAGAUUUUGCAUAGGGCAUAAAGACAAAGGGUAAAUAGAAUAACCUCAAAAAGUUCAAAACAUUAAAUAGUGCAAAAUGUUGCAAGUGUUUGUACUCUAUUUAGUGGUGUAUAAACUAUGUAUAUACAUAUAUAAUCAURGUCAAUAAACAGAACAGGAAAUUUUUGAAACUAC